AUGAUGAUACAACAAAAACCACCCAACUUUAUUGUAGAUGAGGAAGCUGAAGAUUUUGAGGACAUAAUAGAUGCUAGCAAACCACCAGAAGACGCUUUUAGUAACCCAAUUUUACUUCGAGAUUCUGAUCCUUUAACAACACACAAAAAACGUCGACAUUACCGACUGCCUCAACGACAACAAAGUUUAAGUCGAAUCCAACUUGGCGGUGGGGGGCAAUUAAGUCAAAGUAGCACACCUUCUGGGCAUCGUACUGAAUUUGAAGAUACUGCUGACAAUUCUUCUAUAGGUGCUAAUAAUAUUUUUUAA